UGCUCUGUUUAAGCAAGAUGAUAAGGCGAAAAAUGAGUAUCGUAUUCGCUUAAAUGCUUCGAUUGAUGCUUCAAGAUUCUUGUUACGACAAGGAUUACCUUUUCGUGGCCAUGGUGAGGAAGAAGAGGAUGCGAACAAAGGAAAUUUCUUGGAGCUUUUGAAAUACACAGGAGAACAGAAUAAGGCUAUAAGUAAGGUUAUUCUUAAAAAUGCUCCAGGAAAUAAUCAGAUGAUUUCUUCCAAGAUUCAAAAAGACAUUGUCCAUUCCUUUGCAGAAGAAGUACGACGAGCUAUUUUAGAAGAAAUCGAUCAUGGUGUGUUUGGUUUGCUGGUUGAUGAGUCUGCUGAUUUUCUCAUAAAGAGCAGAUGGGUGUUGUUUUUCGGUUUGUUGAUAAAGGUGGAGCAAUCAAAGAACGGUUUAUUGGAGUUGUUCAUGUAAAAGAAACAUCUUCAUUAACUCUGAAGUCUGCUAUAGAUGAAUUGUUUGCUAGAUAUGGGAUGAGCAUUACAAAUGUGUGAGGGCAAGGUUAUGAUGGAACUAGUAAUAUGAGGGGUGAAUUUAAUGGGUUGAGAUCAUUGGUUCCUAGAGAAAGCAGUUCAGCAUAUUAUGUUCACUGUUUUGCUCAUCAGCUUCAGCUAGUUGUGGUGGCUGUUGCAAAAAAGCACUUUGACAUUGCUGAUUUUUUUGAUAUGAUUUCUACAUUGUUGAAUGUUGUUGGGGCUUCUUGUAAACAACAAGAUAUGUUUCGAGAAAUUCAACGUGAAGAAUUGGAAAAAGGAAUCAAGAGUGGUGAUGUUAAGACUGGGACAUGACAAAAUCAGGAACGUUCUUUAUGAAGACCUGCAACUACUCGUUCGGGUACUCAUCACAAAACAUUGUUGAGGUUGGAAGAAUUGUUUUCUACUACCAUUAAAGUUCUUGAGUAUAUCCAAGAAGAGGGUUGGGAAGACUUACAGAAACGUCAAGAAUGUGGUCUUCUCAAAUACUUUCACACAUUUGAUUGUGUGUUCUAUUUGCAUCUUAUGUUACACAUUUUGGGGCUCACUGCGAAUUUUUCAUUGACUUUGCAACAUAAAGAUCAAGAUAUUUUGAAUGUUAUGUCACUGGUAGAAUCCACUAAACGAGAGUUGCAGAAGCUUAGAGAUGAUGGCUGGGAUUCGCUUAUGGCUAAAGUUGCUUCUUUCUGUAAGAAACAUAAUGUUGAGAUGCUUAUCAUGGAAGAAAAUUUUGUUGAUCUUAGGAAUCCAAGAAAGAGAACCAACAUAAGCAAUAUGCAUCAUUAUAAGGUCAACUGCUUUUGCACGGUUCUAGAUUUUCAGAUUCAAGAGUUCAAGGAUCGUUUUACGGAGGUAACCACUGAUCUACUUAUCUGUAUGGCUGCUUUAAGCCCGAUUGAUUCAUUCCAUGGGUUUGACAAAGAUAAGCCGGUGCGAUUAGCUAAGUUAUAUCCAGAUGAUUUUAGCUAUGGUGAGCUUUUAUCUCUAGAGCAACAACUUGAUAUCUACAUCGACAAUAUACGUAGAGACGAAAGGUUUAAAAGUGUAGAAAAUCUUGGAGAUUUUUCAUGUUUGAUGGUGAAAACUCAAAAGCAUCUAGCACAUCCCUUGGUUUACAAAUUUUUAAAGCUAGUUCUAAUUUUGCCGGUUGCCACCGCCAGUGUUGAAAGAUGUUUUUCAGCAAUAAAACUAGUGAAGACAGCUGCACGUAACCGAAUUGGAGAUCAGUUUCUAAGUGAUUGCAUGGUUUGUUUUAUUGAAAAAGAGUUAUUUGACUCGAUUUCAAAUGAGAAAGUGAUUAAAAAAUUCCAAAUGAUGAAUGAACGUAGAGUUGUUUUGUAGAGUUGUUUUUUAUAUGCUGGAUUUUUUAUAAGAUAUUAUUAUUUUAUUUUAUUUAAUUGUAGUUCAUAUUUUGCCCCCACUAUAUUUAUU